AGGCUGUACUCUGUCUUCCAAAUUUUUCUCUGUUAUCACUUGGAACCUUUCCAUAUUUCUACACAGCAAACUUCUUUGUUCUUUCUUUUAUGAACACACAGCAUUCUGCUGGGUAGAUUUAUCAUUCAAAUCCCUGACCAAUGGGCAUUUAAUUCACUUCCCCUGUUUUGAAGCAAGGCACAAUACUGCAACGAUUAACCUGAUACAGACACCUCUCCUGGCAUGUUUCUGAGUAGCGCUGGUAUAUUUCUUUCCUAUUUCCAUUUGCUCCUCUUCCCAUUUCUAACUCUUGGUUUUCAUCCUGCAGGUUUCAGCAGAAACACUGUUGCCUCCAGGAAGCCCUCAGGGGUCACUCUCACUCAGAGGCGAGUCUGCUCCGGUAAUCCCACGGCAUCCUGUUUCCUGCCUUGGAGCACACUCUCCAGGAGGGCAGGAGGGCCUGUGACUGUCUCCUGCUCCGUCAGACCGGGAGGUCCCUGUGCACUGGGUCCGGUGGCCUCUGUCUUAGCUACUUCAGCUCCAGCACCAAGGACAGAGCUAGCUCAUAGUAGGUGCUCAGUAAACACCGGUGGCUUCGGAUGGAGUGAAAGUACGUAGCACAAUGAGAAACUGGCUUCUUAGCGUCAAGUGGAUAGCCACGGGGGGGUUAAUCACGGAGGGCGAGACUGAGGCUCACAGAGGGAACGUCGCCUUCUCAGGCAGCCGCGUGACGGCUGCAGCCAGGUUCCCGUCCCGAUUGCGGAGACUUUUCCGUCGCCUGUCACUCAGGGCCGCAUUCACCAUCUUCCCGGCCACCCGCCUCGCCCCUCACAGUGCCUGGCGCAGACAGGACCUGAUGAAUGUGCAUGUGUUGAAGGAAUGAAUGGGUGUGUGUGUGUGUGUGUGUGUGUGUGUUGUGAGAGGUGGGGGCUGACCUCCUGGAGGCAGAGGACGGGCCCCCAGCCCCCUCCCCUUAGAGGACCCAGGCGUCCGAGCCGCCCUGCGUCCCCGCCUCCUGGGUCCCCCCGUCCACCCGCUUCCGGCCUCCCCGCCAGCCUUUUCCCCUUCCAGGCGCGGACGAGUAGCCGGGUUUCCGGGGGGAAGGCUUAGGCGGCGACACCGAGGCGGCCUCCUCCCCCGCCCCCGCCCCCACCGCGCUCGGGGGCCCUGCCUCCCCGCCACUGCCGUCCGCGCUCGGCCGGCCGCGGGGAAGGAAGAAAGGAGCGGAGAGGCGGAGGGCGCGGAGGCAUGGAUCCGCAGCCCCCUCCACCAGCCCAGGGCAGCCCACCUCACCGGGGCCGGGGCCGGGGCCGGGGCAGAGGCCGUGGGAGAGGCCGAGGCCGUGGCCGGGGAGGCGCCGGAGCCCCCCGGGCCCCCCUGCCCUGCCCCACGUGUGGCCGCCUCUUCCGCUUCCCCUACUACCUCUCCCGGCACCGGCUGAGCCACUCGGGCCUGCGGCCCCACGCCUGCCCCCUGUGCCCCAAGGCCUUCCGCCGGCCGGCCCACCUCUCCCGCCACCUGCGUGGCCACGGGCCGCAGCCCCCGCUGCGCUGCGCCGCCUGCCCUCGCACUUUCCCCGAGCCGGCGCAACUCCGGCGCCACCUGGCCCAGGAGCACGCAGGAGGCGGCGUUGAGCUGGCCAUCGACAGGGCAGCCAAGGAGGCAGCCGAGUCCGGCUGGGGCCCGCAGGACAAGGCCGCCGAGCAGCCACCCGGCGCCGGAGCCGAGGAGGAAGACGCAGCGGCUGAGGAGGAGGCAGCGGCGCGACCCGAGCCGUGGGCCGCGGGGGAGCCAGGCACGCCAGCGGCCGCCACAAGCGCGGGGCCCCGUGAGCCGGAGGGGGCCGAGGCCGAGGCCGGGGCGGCGGAGCUCAGGGCCGAGCUGGCGCUGGCGGCCGGGCGGCAGGAGGAGAAGCAGGUCCUGCUGCAGGCCGACUGGACGCUGCUGUGUCUCCGCUGCCGGGAGGCCUUCGCCACCAAGGGCGAGCUCAAAGCGCACCCGUGCCUGCGCCCCGAGGGCGACCAGGAGGGCGAGGGGGGACCCCCGCCGCGCCCCAAGCGCCACCAGUGCUCCAUUUGCCUCAAGGCCUUCGCCAGGCCCUGGUCGCUGUCCCGCCACCGGCUGGUCCACUCCACCGACCGCCCCUUCGUGUGCACGGACUGCGGCCUGGCGUUCCGCUUGGCCUCCUACCUCCGCCAGCACCGCCGCGUCCACGGCGCGCUCAGCCUGCUGGCCCCGCUGCCCGCGGCGGCCAAGAAGGACGACAAGGCGGUGGCGGCGGGCGGCCGGACCUCAGGGAGGGGGCCCGAGGGGGGCGAAGGGGCGGAGGGCGGGCCGGGUGGGCAGAACGGAGGCGAGGCAGCCCCGGCCCGGGCCCCGGCCGGCGAGCCCCGCUUCUGGUGCCCCGAGUGCGGCAAGGGCUUCCGGCGCCGGGCACACCUGCGGCAGCACGGGGUGACCCACUCGGGUGCACGGCCCUUCCAGUGCGUGCGCUGCCAGCGGGAGUUCAAGCGGCUGGCCGACCUGGCGCGCCACGCGCAGGUGCACGCCGGGGGCCCGGCCCCGCACCCCUGCCCGCACUGCUCUCGCCGCUUCUCCCGCGCCUACAGCCUGCUGCGCCACCAGCGCUGCCACCGUGCCGAGCUGGAGAGGGCCGCCGCCGCGCAGCAGGCGCUGCAGGCCCCGGCCUCACCAGCGCGCGCCCCGCCGCCCCCCGCGGGCCAGGAGACCGAGGGGCUCCCGCUGCCCCUCGACCACAUCAAGGAAGAGCCGCCAUCCCCGGGGUCCCCGCCCCAGUCGCCGGCGGCGGCACCCCCUGUCUUCCUCAGCGCCUCCUGCUUCGACAGCCAAGACCACUCAGCUUUCGAGAUGGAGGAAGAGGAGACUGAGAGCAAGGCUCACCUGCGCGGUCUGGGGGGCCUGGCAUCCUGACCCGCACCCACCCCCUUCAGCCCCACUGUGGGAGCCGCCCCUGGUUUGCAGCAUGGAGGAGAGAAGUGAAAGGAGAGGAGCCUCCUCUGUGAACCCACCCUCCCCUUCCAGCCCUCGACACUAGGGGCGGGGGCUGGACGCCCCUCCGUCCCCAUCGCCCACCCCCAGGCCCCUGAUGCUGGUUAGAAACUGCUCGCCCCACGUCUGUAGGCAGGACUCUGAGUCGGAGGCGGAGGACAUUGGCUAGAGGGAUGGAGACUGAAGGGGGACCCACCCCCCAGCCUGGCUGCCUCCCCGUUUCACACACUGGACACCAUCACCUCUUUGGAACUGCCGAAUCCUGGGGUGGGGGGCAGUCCCCAGUGAGCAAAGGUCUGUCCCUGUCCCUUUGUCCGUCUGUGAAUAAAUGUGAGUUUGUGGAA